AAAUGUUAGUGUAAAGUUGAGUGUAUACUGUGUAAAUUGUGUUAUCUAUUACAAUAAUCAGUGUAAAUGUCAUUUAACAGAAUCUUUAUUCCUUCACAGAAAUUUCAAAUCUUACUCUGAGUCAAGUGGAGUUGAGAAAGGAAAAUAGAGGUGAAAGUGUGCUUGAAUGAUGUUAAAUUCAGUGUAUUCAUUCUCAGUGUAAUACAGUAAUAUAUCACAAUAUUGCUUAUGUUUUUCAAUAACAGACAGAGAAAUAGCUUUUUCAGCUUCAAUGAUGGAAUCUGGCAGUGGAUUUAUUGGUCCUUUUACCACUGAAAUCACACUAACCUACAGGAACGUCUUCACAAACAUAGGGAACGCCUACAACCCAAUUACAGGUAUUUUCACAGCCCCACUGAAAGGAGCGUACAUGUUCAGAGUCUCUGUAUAUGGUCAUGGCCCAACUGCAGCAACUGCAGACAUUGUUAAGAAUGGAAAGGCUGUGGUUAUUGCACAUGAUAAUAGGCCUCAGAAUGAUUUAAACUCUUCAAAUGGAGUUGUGUUGAUCCUGGAGGUUGGAGAUGUUGUCUAUGUGACACUUUGGUCUGGCAGGAGGAUAUUUGAUAACAAGAGUAACCACAGCACAUUCAGUGGUUAUCUACUGUUUCCUUUAAGAUAACAGGAGAUUUGAAAAAUGUGAUUCCAAUAAUUCCGAACCUUCAGUGUAUGAUUUAGGAAGAAAAUUGUAAAGAAUCAUUAACAUAUGAACCUGUAUUAAUGAGGACUAAUGUGUGUUUGAAAUUUGCAGUAGAUUACUGUAUUAAAGUCAGUAUAAUAAACUAUAUUCAUAAGUUCUGAUCUGUCUAUACAUGCAAGUUUGUAUAAAGAGUUUCAGCACUGAGACA